CAACAGUGACCGUCGGCCGGGCACGUUGUCACUACAGCAUAAAGAUAAACUUAUCGUCGAAUAAAUUUUAAAUUAUUCGUGAACAAUAUUUACAAAAAAAAAUAUUAACUCAGUGUUCGCGAUCAGUGUUCGAAAGUUUCGGAAUCCGUUGCGUGUUUACGUUUUGAGAAAAAAAUAAACAAUAGACAAUCAUGGCGGAAGGUGACAUGCCAUUGGUCACAAGUUACGGCGGCAGCGAAAUUGAAUUUAAUGGCGCGAACGGGACCAAAGUGUCAAAAAAUUCAAGGAUGUCCACCCUGCUGUUCUGGCAGGGCAAGGGGAAAGCCAACGGUUCUCCCAACUCCAGGAACUGGAUCCACGCACCCGACGCACUCAUCAAAGGCCAUGUCGCGUAUUUAGUUAAGUUCCUAGGCUGCACACAAGUGGACCAGCCCAAAGGCAUAGAAGUGGUGAAGGAUGCUAUCAAGAAGCUACAAUUCACGCAACAACUCAAAAAGUCAGAAACCAAAGAUGCCGCUAAGUGCAAGAAAGUCGAAAUUACAGUGUCGGUAGAUGGAGUAGCUAUCCAGGAGCCCAGGUCAAACAACGUGAUGUACCAGUUCCCGCUCCACAGGAUAUCGUACUGCGCGGACGACAAGGGCGCGAAAAAAUACUUCUCCUUCAUUGCCAAAGGUGGCAGCACUGUGAACGGGGUCAACGGCCACGACGGCAGCAACAGUGCGGAGAAACACGAGUGUUUUGUGUUCAUCUCUACUAAACUAGCCUCCGAAAUCACGCUCACUAUUGGCCAGGCUUUUGAUUUGGCGUACAGGCGGUUCCUAAACGACAAUGGCAAAUACAUAGAGAUGCAGAAACUUACACUGCAGAACAAGAGGCUCGAGUUACAGAUGAACGCCUACAAAAACCGAUUACAGGAGCUGUCAAAGAUAACGUACAAAGACGAUCUAACAGCGUACCUUUCUCGCAAUAACCUGAACGACAUCGCAGAGUUCAAGCCGCCGCUAGAGCUGGAGAAGCAGAUCUCCUCUCUGACUCUCGCCAACGGCUUCAGCGCCAUGAACGGCAACAAAACCCCUGACAUCGGAGCGGACGCGUUGUCCAACAACUCGACGGACACGUUCAACUCGUCGAGCGACAACAACCUGCUGCUGUCCACCCCGCCGCCCGCGCACAACGGGAAAUCAUCCCUCAGCGCAGGAAAAUUCCUGGGUGAUCUGUCGUCUAGUAAGAACCCUACCGUCGGUACCCGGCUAGAGAACUUACUACUCCACUCCGAUUCCGACAGCGACUUCGACCCGCGCGCGUUCGAGUCGGAGCCGGUGUCGCGCUUCACGUCGCCCGUCGCCGACAGCGCGCACACGCUCGCGCCCACGCCGCCCUUGCUGGCACCGCCACCAAAAGCGUCCAAACGUCAAACUCAACCGCAACAACCAACGAACCAACAGCCAACCCAUCAACCGCAGCCAACUCAUCAACCGCAGCCAACCCAUCAACCAAUCCAACCGCUCAACGGCAACGAUCUAUUCGGCUCAACACCAUUCUCCAUACCAAACCAACCACAGAUACAAACAUCGCCAUUCGCGCCACAGAACAAGCCCAACUAUGACAUCAAAGACUUCAACCUCCAAACGUCAGUUUUCAACACGACCUCUUUCACAAAUGGUUUGACAGGAUACGAUCCGUUUGACACCCAAAAGGCGGGAAAUAUUUUUGCAAACGGAUAUGGCAACACUUUCAACGGUUUUGGGAAUUUGAGCGAGAAGCAAACAGUGGAGUUAGACAGCGGCUUCAACGGAUUCUUGGAUAAAACUAUUACUGAGAUGAAGGAUGGAUUCAGCAGAGGGAUCAGCUUUGGAAACGACGAUUUUUCAAUAGAUAAUCUCGAUCCCCUGAAGAAGAAUUGAAAUUGAUACAAAAUAAUACGAAAAAUAGAUAAAAUUAUUUAAUUCUUUGUAUCAGUUCACACAAGCUAGUAUAAAGAAAUGCAAUAAAACAUUAUAUUUAAAAAAAAUUAAAAUAUUUCGAAUUUUAGAGUGUAAGCCUUUGUGUGAAUUGAGUCGACGAGUCGAGAAAAGAAAAAAAACAAAAUGUUGCCAUGGUUUUGGUUACAAAUAAAUGAUUAUUACGUGAUAAUAGAUAAUUCGCGAUUAUAUUGUUAUUUUUGUAUAAUAAUUGAAAUUUCUGUUUUCUUAUAAGUAUAUUAUUAAUUGUAAUAAAGAAAAGAAUCUCUCAAAAUAUUAUUUUAUGAAAUUAAUUAAAACAUUAUUUAAAUCAAUUAUCAACAAUAAAUAAAAGGUUUUAUAAAAAAAUCCCAAAAUAAUUUUUAAUGCAAUUGAAUUCUUUUAGUGUUUAACUUUGAGAUGCAAUAAUGGAUUACUUUCGUAAUUAUUAUUCCUUGAAUCUAUUGGCUAAAUCAUUAUUCUCUCCUACGAUAGAUAAUGUAAAUUUUUGGAGCCGCUUUAUUUUAUGCUUGUAUAGAAUAAUAAUUGGUGAUAUUUUUAGAAGAGCAUUCUGCACAAUGUCAUUCACGAAGUGCCUUAUUGUACAAACGAAAUAUAUAGAGUUAUACACAUUCAUUAUACAUCAAUGAAUUUUGCAUGUAUUUUUAUAAAUGACUAAAAACUAACAUACAUGUUAAGGUAUUAAUUAAUCAGUUCGAAUUGUUUGAAGCCUCAUUGUUCUGUGAUAAAUCUCUUCAAAUUGAGGUACUUCAAACCGAUUAUUAUAAUAUAUUGUUUUUAUAUAAUUGUAUACAAUUUGGGAAUUUGUAAAUAAUGAAUUUCACCUUUUUUUCGGAGUCAUUUGUACAUACACGAAUGACAUUGUAGCUUAAUAUACAUAUAUAGAAGAAAUAAGAUUAUAAGCUUACAAGAGAACCAUCCCUAAGUUGUGUCACGAUAUUGAAUUAUGUACUGUUUUAAUAUAAUAUAACGGUUUUUGAUUUAAUAACUUUGAUGACGUCAUAAUACGAAAGGUCACUCUUGUAACGAAAGGAGUCAGCACCAAAAAUCGUGAAAUUCAUGUGACAUAUUUUUAGAUUGCCUAAAUUUGACUGUACAAUAAUAGUUUAGAUUAAUGUUCAAAAAUGUGUAUUUUGAACAAUAAAUAUAUAAAUAUCAAUUUCAAAAUUGUUGGAAAGAAACCUCUGAUUACUAUUUUAAAAGAAAAUCAAUGAAGCUGAUUAUUAAUGAUACUGAUUUUAAAUAUUCUAUUGUCUAUUAAAAUAAUAUAUAAGUGUUGCAAGUAUAUACCAGACUCCCUAAAAGUGGGCUAUUCCACGCAAUUCCACGGGCAUCUGCUAGCUAUAACAAUUAAACAUUCCAAUAUACAUUUUAUAUAUAAUUUACUCUUUACUCCUAAUAAUUUUAAGUAAAUGAUUUUUAUGUGUAUAGUGAAGGUAAACUGUUGUAUUGCGUCGCAUUAGUGGAAAAUAUUUGUAUUUUAGUAUUCUCUGUACUAAUGUUACUGUAAGGCCAAAUGUUAAACAUAAUAGUGUAUUUUGCAGUAAUAAAAAUUAUGUUUAUAACACAA